AUGGUCCACAUCUCAUCCAUAUUCGUGGCUCUCACGAUGGUCGCUGUGGGCCUCACCGGUAUGCUUCCCGUCUAUUCGACGACGGCAACUCACUCCAAUACAGCCCCGGUCGGUCUGCAAACUCGUCAGAUCGGCAACCUCGACUGCAAUCUCUCGCGGCUGCGCAUCAUCACAGAUACCGCGGACGCCGAGUCUCUCAUCUCCCAAAUAAAUUCUACAAGCCUUGAUACGACGAUCUCGAUCGCGAUAGCCCAGGCCGGCUUGGGGACUGUGGAUACGGCGAUCCACGAGAUCCUCCAGGCCGUGUUCAGCAACCAGACAGCGCCGGCGGCGGCAAGGACACAAGUUGGUGCGGGCCUCGCUGCGGCGCAGCAAGCCUUGGCAGUCAUACAAGAGUGA